CUGAAAUUUAAACAUAAAAGAUUAGGUUAUUCCAACAAUACUUAUUUAAAAACAAUUAAUGGCGUUAAAAAGGCAAGUGGUAUAAUAACACUUGACGUAAAUAUUUUUAAUGUAGAAAGAAAAAUGGAUGUCUUUGUAAUAGAUCAAGAAAAUUUUGAUCAUGAUUUUUUGAUUGGGCUAGACUGUAUUAAAAAAUUCUAUUUAAUUCAAAAUGAAAACUUAGAAAUCAGUCAAAAAGUUCCAAUACAAAAAAAAAUUAUUAAAAAUUCAGAGACAAACAACGUUUCUAAGGAAACAAUAACAAAAAGGUUAGAGAUUGACAAUAUUUCUAAAGAAAUGAAAAAUAAAGAGUCAGAAAAUGAAAUAAUUCGAAAGGAAAUAAAAUUUGAAAAUUCUCAAAAUGACAAAAAAAACCUUAUUAACUUUAACGAAUACUUCAAUAAAGAAAAUUUCAUUAUUUGGAUAAACCAUUUAGACAUUGACAAACAGGCAAUAAUUGAUGAUUUAAUAACAAAGAAUAAAUCUGUUUUUGCAAAAGAUAAAUAUGACAUUGGCACAGUAAAGGAUUAUGAAGCACACAUUGAUUUAUUAGCAGAAAAAUAUUGCAGUAAAAGACCAUAUCGUUGCACAAUCGAAGAUAAAAAAGAAAUCGAACAACAAAUUGCACAAUUAUUAAAGAGAAAUUUGAUCGAAGAAUCAUAUAGUCCAUUUGCGGCACCAGUAACAUUAGCUUACAAAAAAAGAGGAAAACACAAGAUCAAGAUUGUGUAUAGAUUUUCGAGACCUAAAUAA